AUGUCACACUGCGGCAUCAGCUACAGGGGGCCGCUGCACCUGGUGCUUGCGCAGCUCAAAGUGUGCUGCCCUGUGCUCCAAACCUCCCCGCGGGCGCAGUGCUACAAGGUGGUUCCGGCGCUUUUUGAGCGGCAGUUGCGCAAGAGCCUGGUCGCGUCACAGCGCGUCAACGUGCUGUAUGCAGUGCACAAGGUGCUGCGGUCCGCCAAGAAGCAGCUGCGCAACAAAAGCAGAUAUC